AUAACUUUAGAUUUAAGUUAAUUUAGAUGAAUUCCGUUAAUUUAAGAAUUUGAAUUGUAACGUAAAUUUCUACUACGCAGUUUAUUUGAAUAACUUCACAACAACAACUACUGUAUAGAUUUUUCUACAUCCUUCCAUUUCCUCUUUCAUUUUCUAUUUUGUUGCUGACGUACAAUUCUUGUUAAACGUCAUCAUUGAUGAUCGCUUAAUUCCUCUUUCUUUGUUACCCCCUCGCCUGUGAAUGUGUUGUUGUUAUUGUUCACUCCAUGUAAGUUUGUAUGUGUUGUUGUUAUUGUUCACUCAAUGUAAGUUUGUAUGUGUUCGUUGCAUUGGUAGAUUGUUCGUAAUCUAGGCGUUACCAGAUCGUCUAGAAACUUCUGUAGCGACAGGCGAGGCUCAUAUAAAUAGGGGAAAUGGAAAGGCAGUUAGUCAGUUGUGAAUCAGAUCGCGAAUUGAAACCGUCGAGUAAAGUAAAGUGCAAAGUAAAGUUGUGUGAAUAAAAUCAUUGUAAUAAUCGUAAUCCGAAAGAACCCGCGUUUUAUUUGGUACGAGCUGUAUUGGGAAAUAAAACAACGUCUACACGGGAUUAAGUAAAAUCCAAGAACGUAACAAUUGGUGUCGGAAGUGAGAUUACGAUAAUACUACGAUGAAGUUUAAGGAUCUACGAGUGGAAGACUUGAAGAAGGAACUUAAUAAAUUGGAAUUGUCCUCUACUGGCAACAAGGCUGAACUACAAAAACGUCUGUUGGAUGAGUUCGAGCGCCGUGGUAUGAACAUCGAUACAUAUGAGUUUGACAGUAAGGAUGAAGUGGAUUUAUCGGAAAUGGGCGAAUCCAACGGUGGGGAAGUCUCGUCAGUAGCUGCCAGGGGUGACGAUUUCAGAAAUAUGCUAGCCAAAAUGUUUGAGGAAAAUUUCAGAAGGUUCGAAGAAAAUUCGAGAAUAACGAACGAGAAACUCGAGUACAUUACAGAAGUUAUUGGAAGGAGAAUGGAAACCGUGGAGGUCCAAAUUAAAGAGUUGGAUAAGAAAGUGCAGUCGGUUGACGAGAAAUUUCUGUCCCACGACCAUAGGGUUACAAAUCUGGAGGAGAAAAUUUCGGAACUGGAAAUCAAAGGUGGUCCGGUGCGAGUUCCUGAUAACACACUAAAAAUCAAACCUCCUGUAUUCGACGGCUCUACGUCAUUCAAUGUUUUCAAGUUACAGUUCGAGACAGUGGCUUCUAGAAAUUCGUGGAACGGCAGCGACAAAGCGGUUGCACUACUUCUGGCAUUGAAGGGCAGUGCUGCUGAUGUUAUACAGAGUAUUCCUGUCGCUUCUAGAAACAACUAUGAAGAUGUUAUUGCUGCACUGGAACGUAAGUACGGUGGCGAACAUGAACGAAACAUCUACCUUAUGGAAUUAAGGGGAAGAGUACAGAGGGCAAACGAGACGUUACAAGACUUUGCAGCUGAGGUGGAACGUUUGGUGCUAAUGACGUAUCCAGGAGAGGAUCACCCAUUGCUGGACCGUAUGAAAAUCGAAACCUUUGUGAAUGGCAUACGUGACCCUGAGAUUAAGUAUGCAACAUAUGCGUCACCAAAAGCAUCAUUUUCCGAAACUGUGUCGUUUGCCCUUGCCCAAGAGACGGCAAGAAUAGUUGUUAAGCCCCAGACCCACAAGAUUCGCCAACUGGAGACCGAAGGUUGCGAACCCAAAUCUCUCGUUAACUCGAUCGAAGACGCCAUGAGGCGGGUAAUAGAAGAGACAAAGUUAGUUGGGAUGACUAAGCCCAGGGUUAGAUGCUACAACUGCGAUAAAGCAGGUCAUAUUGCGCGCGAAUGCAGAGCUAAGCGCAAACGAUCCAGGUCAUCGUCACCACCUCCAACGAAAGAUGGUAGAAGAAUGGCCCAACAGUCCACCAAUGAGUCACAGUUAAACUAA